UUUCAGGAAAAUUAAACCGGUAUUCUUAACAAAACGAUGGAGGUAAAGCUGUUUUAUUGUUUCGUGGUGGUCCUGCAUUUGUUCACCGCGGCGCAUUUCUGUUAUGCUAGCAAAAGUAGGCAUCCAAGCUCCAUAGAGAAGGUUGAGGCUCUAAAGCAUUUGAACCGGUUAAAUAAACGUCCAGUUAAAUCUAUCAAGAGCCCUGAUGGUGAUACAAUAGAUUGUGUUCAUAUCUCUCAUCAACUAGCGUUCGAUCACCCGCUUCUCAAAAAUCAUACCAUUAAGAUGAAGCCAAACUAUCAUCCAGGUUGGGUAAUGGAUGACAACAUCAACAUGGAUACAUCAUCUUCAAAGGAAGCAAUCACUCAAUUGUGGCAUUCAAAUGGAAGAUGCCCAAAGGGGACUAUCCCCGUCGUAAGAACAAAAAUAAAAGACAUACUAAGUGCAGAUUCCAUCAAAAGUUAUGGGAAGAAGAAGAGUUUUCCCGUUGCUCGACCGAGCUCCAUGAAUCCCGAAGUCACUAAUGUGAGCAAGGACCAUGAGUAUGCAAUUGCAUAUACUAAUGGGCUAUUUUAUGGAGCAAAAGCAACAUUUAAUGUAUGGAACCCAUAUGUUCAAGAACAUAAUGAAUUUAGUUUGAGUCAACUAUGGAUACUAUCAGGUUCUGAUUCAGAUUUGAACACCAUUGAAGCUGGUUGGCAAGUCGCUCCAGAGCGCGGAGACACUAACACCAGGAUGUUCAUCUACUGGACUAGUGAUGGUUAUCAAACAACAGGCUGUUACAAUCUUAAAUGCUCCGGCUUCAUUCAAACCAGCAAUGAAAUUGCAAUUGGGGCCAGCAUGUCUCCUAUUUCACGUUUUAACGGUUCUCAGUAUGGUUUCACCAUAAUUAUAUGGAAGGACCGAAAAGAAGGGGACUGGUGGAUGCAACUUGGGGAUGGUCCAGAUGGAAAGGUUAUAGGAUACUGGCCAGCCUCAUUGUUUUCAUACUUAAGUCAGAGUGCAUCAUCUGUGGAAUGGGGCGGGGAGGUGAUUAAUCGACGCUCAGGCGGUCGUCAUACAACUACCCAAAUGGGCAGUGGUUAUUUCCCUCAAGGAGGUUUUGGGAAAGCAAGUUUUAUAAAAAAUAUUCUCACAGUCAAUGAUAACAACACUUUAACGACUCCUCAAAAUCUCUACACCUACACUACGCAAAAGAGUUGCUAUGAUAUUGUGAACGGCAUCGCUGAUGAUUGGGGCAGCUACAUUUUCUUCGGUGGACCUGGUCGAAACAAAUAUUGCCCGUGAAAAAAUUUAAUGAAGCAGCUAUCAAUAUAACCAGAGAUGUUAUGCUAUAUUUUCAUUUCCUAAAUCGUUUAUGUUAUGUGUAAUUUACCUUUUGGUAUGAUCAUGUGUGCACUAAUAAAAGUAAUCAAUUUAUGUAUGAUUAAUUGUUACAACA